CUGCAAUCAUCUCUCAGAGUUUCCAUAUCUUAAUUCGUCUCAUCCCAAUCCUUCUCUCCAGUCUCCACCUGUUCUUCUCUCCCUAAAUCUCCUACACUGUACCGGAACCCCAGAAAAACGCAGGCUGCGCUUCUUCUACCUCCUUUUCUCUCCUUUUUAAGAACUCAACUACCUUUCAUGGGCCUUCUCCUCACUCGAUGGCCAGUUUUCUUAGCCUUCUCAAUCCCAUCGUCUGCUGCUCAGUGAACCCGCCAACCCUCUUUCCCAUAAGUGGCUUUGUGAACCCUCCUAAACCCAUUGGCGGUUUUCUUCUGCUGCUCAUCUUUCUGCACUCCCUUUUAUAGCUUGCAAGCCAGGUGGAUUUCAUUUCAUGGCGUCGGUGUUUCUGUACCACGUUGUUGGUGAUCUAACGGUCGGGAAGCCAGAGCUGGUCGAGUUUCUAGAGACGGAGACGGUUGAAUCGGCAAUUCGAGCUAUCAGUGAUUGCACGGAAGGUGGAAUUCCUGUGUGGAAGAGGAGGCACCAGAAGAGUGUGGUGGAAAAUGCAGAGAUUAGGCAGCAGAGGUUUGUGGGUAUUCUUAAUUCUCUUGAUAUAGUUGCUUUUCUCUCGAGGGAAGAAUGUUUGGAGGAUCAGGAGAAAGCAAUGAAGACUCCGGUGUCAGAGGUCGUGGUGCCGAAUAGUUCACUAUUGAAGGAGGUUGAUCCUGGAACGAGACUCAUUGAUGCACUGGAGAUGAUGAAACAAGGAGUCAGACGCCUCCUUGUGCCAAAAAGCGUGGUAUGGAAAGGUAUGAGCAAGCGUUUCUCAAUUCUCUACAAUGGCAAGUGGCUUAAAAACCUUGAUAAUAGCAACUCUGCCACAAGCAGCAAUCGGCUUUCCUCUUCCUCUUCUGUCUCUGUUCGUGAGAACAAGCUUUGUUGCCUGUCCAGAGAGGAUGUGAUCCGUUUUGUUAUUGGAUGCCUUGGUGCUCUUGCUCCAUUGCCUCUCUCCUCCAUCUCUUAUCUUGGGGCUAUCAACCCAAACUUUUAUUUUCUUGAGGCCUCUUCCCCUGCCAUUAAUGCCACCAAAAAACUUCCCCCAGAUCCCAGUGCAGUGGCUGUUGUGGAGUUUACACCAGAGGGACAGUACAAGAUCAUUGGGGAGAUCUCAGCCUCCAAGCUAUGGAAAUGUGAUUACUUUGCAGCUGCCUGGGCCUUGGCAAACCUGUCAGCCGGGCAGUUUGUAAUGGGUGUUGAGGAUAAUACAUCCCCAAGAUCUCUUCCUGAUUUCCCAAUUAACUCAACUAUCAGCGAGGAUGGAAGUGGGGGUGGAGGAUUAAGGCCUAGGAAAUUCUGUAGUAGAAGCAUAGGAUUCUUCACCAAUCCAACAAUCGCAACCCUUGCUGUAGGAAGGAACAUGUACAGAGGGAGGAGUACACCCUUGACUUGCAAAGUCACGAGUUCUUUGGCUGCUGUCAUGGCACAGAUGCUGUCUCACAGGGCAACCCAUGUCUGGGUGACUGAGGCUGAUAGUGAGGAUGUCUUGGUUGGGGUGGUGGGUUACACCGACAUCCUGGCUGCUGUGACUAAACACCCUAACACCAUUGUUUCUGCAAAUCCUUGAUUGCUCGUUUUGACAGGGAGUUGGGGUGGGAAGUAAAUUGAGCAUAAAGAUGCCUUUCAAGAGAUAGGCAUAUGUUUUUCUUUUAUUUUAAUUACUACAUAGUAUUGGGGAGGCAUAUGCGACUGUAAUUGUUGUAAAGUUGGAUGUUUAUUGUAACUUGUGAGUGGAUUAAUUUUAAGAUUUCUUCUUUCUUAUUAGAUA